CCGGAGCCGGUGCCCCGCUCACUUGUCUCCGGGCUGAUUGGCGCCGGGCGCGCGGGCUUUCACUCUCGAGGCUUGGGGUUGACUCCGGGUGAGCCAUGUCUUUUCAUUCUGGACGAGGAUGUCCCCGGGGCCAAGGAGGACCUGGAGUUAGAAAUUCAACACAAACCUUCAGACCUCAGAACCUGCGGCAGCUUCACCCUCAGCAGCCUUCAGUGCAGUAUCAAUAUGACCAGCAAGCCACCCCUCCAACUACCUAUUCUAACCCUCCAACCACAGGAUACAUGCCUCCUAGGUUGGAUUUUGUACCUUAUCCUCCCCCAGUGCCCCCAUCAGCACAGAGUCCAAUCAGCCAGUGUCCCAUGAGGCCACCUUUUCCAAACCAUCAAGUGAGGCAAAGUUUUCCAGUCCCUCCUUGUUUUCCUCCUGCUCCUCCGCCAGUGCCAAAUCCCAGCAAUGCCCCAGUGCCUGGAGCCCCCACUGGACAAAAUGCAUUUCCUUACCUGAUGCCACCUCCUGCAGUGCCACAUCCUCCACCACCACCAGUCAUGCCACAACAAAUUAAUUAUCAACCCGUCUACUCUACAGGCUACUCACAGCAGUCCUUCCCACCUCCUAACUUUAAUAGCUAUCAACAUAACUCUAACGCUUUCCAGAGCAGUAGCAGCAACAAUAGCAGCAGUAGUGGUAGCAGCCAUUUCCGGCACACAAGUCAGUACCAGGGAGAUAAAUCCCAGAGUGAACGAAGGUCCCCAGAAAGGAGUAAGCACUAUGAUGAGCACCGGCACCGGGAACAUGGGCAUGUCCAUGGAGACAGACAUCGGUCCAACAACCACGGGGAUCGGCGGGAUCGAGGCAGGAGUCCUGAUCGGCGAAGACAAGAAAGCAGUCGGCAUAGGCCUGAUUAUGACAGGGGAAGGACACCACCUCGCCACAGAAGUUAUGAACGUAGCAGGGAACGGGAAAGGGAAAGGCAUAGGCAUCGGGAUAGCCGAAGAUCACCAUCUCCAGAGAGGUCCUACAAGAAAGAUUAUAAAAGAACAGGGAGCCGAUCCCCCAGCCGAGAGAGAAAGAGACCUCGUUGGGAGGAGGACAGAGAGAGGUGGUCAGAAAGCCAGAGUGCUAGUAAAGAGAAGAGUUACACCAAUAUCAAAGACAAAGAACCAGAGGAAAAUAUUUCAGAAAAAAAUGAGGAGGAAGAUGAUGAAUUGCUCAAGCCUGUCUGGGUUCGUUGUACCCAUUCAGAAAACUACUAUUCAAGUGACCCGAUGGAUCAAGUGGGGGACUCCACUGUGGUUGGAACAAGCAAACUCCGAGAUUUGUAUGAAAGGUUUGAGGAGGAGUUAGGAAAGCGACAGGCAAAAGCCAAAGCAGCCAGGCCACCAUGGGAGCCACCAAAGACCAAACUAGAUGAAGAUUUGGAGAGCUCCAGUGACUCAGACUGUGACUCUGAAGAUGACAGCAGCUGUUCCAGCAGCUCAGAUUCUGAAGUUUUUGAUGUCAUCGCAGAAAUUAAGCGCAAAAAAGCUCACCCAGAUCGUCUUCACGAGGAGCUGUGGUACAAUGAUCCUGGACAGAUGAAUGAUGGACCACUAUGUAAGUGUAGUGCAAAAGCCCGACGAACAGGAAUAAGACACGGCAUUUAUCCUGGUGAAGAGCCUAUUAAACCAUGUCGCCCUAUGACCAACAAUGCUGGAAGACUGUAUCACUACCGCAUUACUGUGUCACCACCCACAAAUUUCUUAACUGAUCGACCAACUGUUAUAGAAUAUGAUGACCAUGAAUAUAUUUUUGAAGGAUUUUCUAUGUUUGCACAUGCCCCACUAACAAAUAUUCCUCUAUGUAAAGUAAUUAGAUUUAACAUUGACUAUACAAUUCAUUUCAUUGAAGAGAUGAUGCCUGAGAAUUUUUGUGUGAGAGGACUUGAAUUAUUUUCCUCGUACCUGUUCAAAGAUAUUUUGGAACUCUAUGACUGGAAUCUUAAAGGUCCUUCACUUGAAAAUGAUUCUUCUUGCUGUCCAAGAUUUCAUUUCAUGCCACGUUUUGUGAGAUUUCUGCCAGAUGGAGGCAAAGAAGUGCUGUCAAUGCAUCAGAUUCUACUUUAUUUGUUACGCUGCAACAAAGCUUUGGUCCCUGAAGAGGAGAUUGCCAACAUGCUUCAGUGGGAAGAACUUGAAUGGCAGAAGUAUGCAGAAGAAUGCAAAGGAAUGAUAGUUACCAGCCCUGGCAUGAAACCCAGCUCUGUUCGUAUUGAUCAGUUGGACCGUGAGCAGUUCAAUCCAGAUGUGAUUACUUUUCCUAUUAUUGUUCACUUUGGGAUACGACCUGCUCAACUCAGUUAUGCUGGAGACCCUCAGUACCAAAAACUAUGGAAGAGUUAUGUGAAGCUGCGUCAUUUGCUUGCCAAUAGCCCCAAAGUCAAACAGGCUGAUAAACAGAAAUUGUCACAGAGAGAGGAAGCACUGCAAAAAAUCAGGCAGAAAAACACAAUGAGACGAGAAGUGACUGUGGAGCUGAGCAGCCAAGGAUUCUGGAAAACCGGAAUUCGUUCUGAUGUCUGCCAGCAUGCAAUGAUGCUUCCUGUCCUUACCCACCAUAUUCGCUAUCAUCAAUGUCUGAUGCAUUUGGACAAAUUGAUAGGAUACACAUUUCGAGAUCGUUGCUUGCUACAGCUUGCCAUGACUCACCCAAGCCAUCACUUAAACUUUGGAAUGAAUCCAGACCAUGCAAGAAAUUCGUUAUCCAACUGUGGAAUUCGACAGCCCAAGUAUGGAGACCGAAAAGUCCAUCACAUGCACAUGAGAAAAAAAGGAAUAAAUACCUUGAUAAAUAUUAUGUCACGUCUUGGGCAAGACGACCCAGCCCCUUCUAGGAUUAACCACAACGAGCGUCUAGAAUUUCUGGGAGAUGCUGUAGUAGAAUUCUUAACGAGUGUUCAUCUGUACUAUCUAUUUCCAACUCUAGAGGAAGGAGGACUAGCUACGUAUCGCACUGCCAUCGUUCAGAAUCAGCAUCUUGCUAUGUUGGCUAAGAAGCUGGAACUGGACCGGUUUAUGCUUUAUGCUCAUGGACCUGACCUUUGCAGGGAAUCAGACCUCCGCCAUGCAAUGGCAAACUGUUUUGAAGCCUUGAUAGGUGCUGUUUACCUAGAAGGAAGCCUAGAAGAAGCCAAACAAUUAUUUGGGCGUUUACUGUUUAAUGAUAAGGACCUGCGGGAUGUAUGGCUUAAUUAUCCUCUACACCCACUCCAACUGCAAGAAUCCAACACUGACCGACAGCUCAUUGAGACAUCUCCAGUUCUCCAGAAACUAACAGAGUUUGAGGAAGCAAUUGGAGUUAUUUUUACUCAUGUUCGGCUUCUAGCACGUGCCUUCACCUUGAGAACUGUGGGGUUUAACCAUCUGACUCUAGGCCACAAUCAGAGGAUGGAAUUCCUGGGUGACUCCAUAAUGCAAUUGGUAGCCACAGAGUACUUAUUCAUACAUUUCCCUGAUCAUCAUGAAGGGCACUUAACGCUGUUGCGAAGCUCCUUGGUGAACAACAGGACACAGGCUAAAGUAGCAGAAGAGCUGGGUAUGCAGGAAUUUGCCAUCACUAAUGACAAGACCAAGAGGCCUGUGGCUCUUCGGACUAAGACUUUGGCCGAUCUCUUGGAAUCCUUUAUUGCUGCACUUUACAUUGAUAAGGAUUUGGAAUAUGUUCAUACUUUCAUGAACGUGUGCUUUUUUCCACGGUUAAAGGAGUUCAUUUUAAAUCAGGAUUGGAAUGACCCAAAAUCCCAGCUUCAGCAAUGCUGCCUCACUCUCAGAACAGAAGGAAAAGAGCCAGAUAUUCCUUUAUACAAGACUCUGCAGACAGUGGGACCUUCUCAUGCCAGGACAUACACGGUGGCUGUUUAUUUCAAAGGAGAACGAAUAGGAUGUGGUAAAGGCCCAAGUAUUCAACAAGCAGAAAUGGGAGCUGCAAUGGAUGCACUUGAAAAAUAUAACUUUCCCCAGAUGGCCCAUCAGAAACGGUUCAUUGAACGGAAAUACAGACAAGAGUUGAAAGAAAUGAGGUGGGAAAGAGAGCAUCAAGAGAGAGAGCCAGAUGAGACUGAAGAAGCCAGGAAAUAAAAGGAAGGCACGGAAGCGGUGGCAUAUUUACUUACUUAAUAACUCUGACUGUGGCCUAUAGAGACCUAACCUAGUUUCAUGCAGAUGAUGAAUGAAGUGCACCUGUUGACAUCAAAUACAUAAUCAUAAUCUCUUUUAGCAAAAAAGGAAAAGAAAAAAAAAUGUGUGUUUCUUUUGUUAGUGGUACCAUGUGAGGGUGUUGGUUUUUAUUUCAUAUGCUCUUUUAAAAGUCAUUUUAGUUUUUAUGACAUGUUAUGGGGAAAUUUUUGUUGUUUUUAAUUGUUUGUGCGAACCAAUAAAGUGUUUAAUUUCAGAACCUCUACAAGAAGAAAAAACGAGUUUAUCUGGUGUUUCCUGUAUUUAAAUGCAACUGUGCCAAAGACCUGCAACAUUAUUACACUGUCUUAGUGCUGCAGGAGAAAAAGGACUUACAACACCAGGUCAACAGAAUGCUGAAGCAGAGGCUUUAAGCGUACAGUAAUAUAUAUGUUUAAUUAUUCUGCUGAAUCGGGGCCUUGAUAGGCUCUUGGUCCUUCAACAGUAACUUCCUUAUAAUAAUAUUCAGUCUUUAGACUGUUGUUUGAAACAAUGUACCUGAGACUCUAGAAAUAUUUAGGGAGUGAUAAUAGCUGCAUAUGAAAAGUUGUUGUUUGAAAGCCAUUGUUGUAAAGAUUCUGUGAGGAAAACAUGAUAAUUAUGAAGCAGAGAAA